AUGGAAAAGGUUACCGCUUUUAAUAGGAGAAUUGGUGCUCAUAUUACCUGGAGCAAAUUCGGUUCCUUACCUCUUCGCUCCAGUAAGUCUAGAUUGAAAAAAGAAAAUCCCUUCGUACCUGCUAAGAAACACAAGGAUGUUUCCGUCUGGUUGCGGGACCUCGAGCUGGAAGAGUACCAGGAGCUCUUCCAGAAUUACCAAGGAGUGGAGGAUCUGCUGGAGAUGUCUGAGCAGGAUAUCAAGGAGUUGGGAGUAAAGAAAUCGUCGCACAGGGCCAGGAUCAUCAGUAGUCUCACUUGUCUACGGGCCAAGUAUCACGAAAAUGUUCGAGUUCCUCCAAUUCGACAUAGCGUAGCUGUGGACCAUGUUAACAAGAUUCACAGAGAAGAUACACUGUAA